AUGGCACAGAGUGGGACCAUGGAAGGAAAAGAGACGUCACUAAGUCAUCACUCGGAGGAAAGCAGCAUAUUGGAUUUACCCUCUGUUUGUGACCUAGCAGAGCGAUUUCUGCCUCAACACAGCUCUGAAAACAGCGAGGAGCUUUUUCAUUCUGUGGAUACUUUUCCCUCUUUGCCCACAGGAGAGAGCAAUCUACCCUCUGCAGUUCCUGCGAGCUUUUCUUCCGGUGGCUCUGAGAAAGCAAACGUGAAAUGUUAUCCGAAAGCAGGGCUGUGUGAGCCGCCUGAACCUAAUGAUGCUGUGCUCUCAUGGAUGUAUGAACAUGAUAGUGCAGAAGAUACUAGCAUCAGGAAGUCUCUUGAUGGCUUCUACAAAAAGUAUUGCAAAAAACGGCCAGACAGAAUGGAUCCCACUUACGAGGCUGCAUCACAAUGUCUGUCACAGAAGAUUUCAGAGCUAGCAAACCAGGAUGGAACAAAAUAUGCCUCACGUUGCCUGCAAAUGGCCCAGGUGGUCUUAAACAGAGAUGGGUAUAAGAUCUUUCCAAACCACCCCACUACUGCUUGUUUUUCCAAGACAUCUGAAGGAAAAGUCAUGUUGGAAGACAGAAGGAGAACACCCGGACUCUCAGAUGACGUCCUUCAAUUCCUCUUGAAACAAACACGGACAGAACAUAGCCCUGACAUGUCACAUGAGAAGUGA